AUGGCAGUUCAAGUAUUGGCGGACCUGGUCCGCUCGAAGAGGCCUAGUGUGGUUUAUCUGAUUGAAACGUUUGUGGAUAAGCAGCGAAUGGAAACAAUCCGAGUACAUUUGGGUUUCGAUUGUGUGUUUACGGUAGAUGCUGAUGGUCAUAGUGGAGGAUUGGCUCUUUUAUGGAAUAAUACCGUGGACUUGAGGGUUACGGGGUACUCGAGUAAUCAUGUUGAUACUGAAGUCAGGCUCGAUGUGGGAAGCCCAUGUUGGCGUUUUACGGGGUUUUAUGGAUACCCUCAGAGGCAACGGAGGCGGGAGGCUUGGGAUUUGUUACGGUCUUUAUCUGUACGAUCACGGCUACCAUGGGCAGUUAUGGGUGACUAUAAUGAUCUCCUGGACCAAUUUGAGAAGCGUGGACGGUUCCCACAUCCGGAAUGGUUGAUUAAUGGGUUUAGGGAGGCGGUGGCAGAUAGUGGCUUGCAGGAUGUCCCUUUUGGCGGACACCAAUAUACCUGGGUAAAGUCCAGGGGCACUGAUAGAAUGUUAGAGGAGAAACUGGACCGCAUACUAUCAAGUGACGGUUGGCUUGAUUUGUUUGGAGGGGUACGGGCGCUCUCUUUGACGGUACCGUAUAGUGAUCACCGACCGCUAAUGUUAACACCUGUUAGCUUGCCGACAGUCCGGAGGAGGGCGAGAUUCUGUUUCGAUAAUAUGUGGCUUCGGGAGGAGGCGUGUAGAGAGAUUGUGGCACAUAGUUGGGAUCGGACAGUUGGGCUUGACACUUUGGCCAGGGUAGAGGCUUGCGCCCGUGACAUUGCACGAUGGGGACGACAUUAUAAUAAGGAUUUUCAGUGGAAAAUUGAGCAAAAUAAACGACGUUUGGAUUUGCUCAGUUCUCGCAGGGAUGGGCCCGGGAUGCGUGAGUAUGAGGUGGUGGAGAAGAACCUGAUUUUCUUGUUGGAGCAACAACACUCUUUUUGGAAGCAACGCGCAAAAGAAUUUUGGUACAAGGGAGGGGAUGUGAACAAUAAAUUUUUUCAUAACUCUGUGAAAGCAAGACGGCGGAAAAAUACCUUCAAGAGGCUCCAGGAUGAGGAUGGGAAUUGGGUGGUGGAUGAGGCGGGUCUAGAUAAUGUCAUGUUGAACUAUUUUACAAGUCUGUUCUCGCCGGAUUAUGGGGAUUUCCAAGAGGUGAUAGAAACAAUCUCAGCGAAGGUUACGGGUGCUGAUAAUGCUAGGCUUCUCCACCCUCUUAGUAUGGAGGAGGUGCGUAUUGCUGUGUUCCAAAUGCAUCCGGAUAAGUCCCCAGGACCAGAUGGUUUUGGACCUGGGUUUUUCCAUGUUAGUUCCGAAGAAGACGGUCCCGGAGACGAUGAAAGAUCUUCCAGGAGGAAUAAGGUAUGUGCUAACCGUUUGAAGCCUUUGUUGCAGAGUUUGAUUUCGGGUGCCCAGAGUGCAUUCAUUCCAGGCCGUUUAAUUACGGAUAACAUUAUGUUGGCAUAUGAGGUGCAUCACCACUUGAAGAGGAAGGCUCAGGGGAGACAAGGGGUUGUGGCGUUAAAGCUUGACAUGUCAAAAGCUUAUGAUCGGGUAGAGUGGUAA